AGUCACCCCACGUUCUGUAGGAAUUUUUGCACAAAACUGCAAGGUAUACCUUCGUGACAGAAACUUUCGAUGGCCUUGAUAUCGACUGGGAAUUUCCUCAAAGUGCUUCAAGGAAUGAGUUUACAACGUUAUUAAAGGUUAUGAGGGAGACAUUUGAUGAGGAAACCCUCAAGGAAGGGCAGUCACGUUUGUUGCUUACUAUUGCUACAGCGCCUGGAAAGGACAACAUAGACACAUCCUACAACAUGACAGAAAUAUCCAAGUACGUCGAUUUUUUCAACGUUAUGGCCUAUGACUAUGCUGGUACGUGGAGCACAAUAGCAGCCUACGGAUCUCCGCUCUACUCACGGCUGUCAAAUCCUCAGUUUAGUCAAGCUAAUUCACAGAACUGGACUAUGAAUUACUACAUAGCACAAGGAGCACCUAAAGAAAAACUAGUGAUGGGUAUCCGUGGAGCAGGGGCAUCGUUUACACUCAAAGACCCCUCUGUUCACGAUGUAGGGGCACCUCUCAUCGUAGGAGGGGGCAAAAAAGGAUCAGUCAGAAAACUGCAAGGCCAUCUGGCUUAUUACGAGAUAUGCUCUGAUAUAAUAGCCAAAGACGCAACAACAGUAUGGGAUGACGAACAAAAGAGCAAUUACGCUUUUCUGGAUGACCAAUGGGUGGGAUACGAUGAUCCAAGAAGUGUAGUGGAAAAGGUGAAUUUCGCCGGUAAUCUCGGAUUGGGUGGAGUGAUGUUCUGGGCAUUCGAUUACGACGAUUUCACGGGAACGGUGUGUGACAACGGUUCCUACCCAUUGCUGACAGCGAUGAAGAAUGCCGCUUUGAAGUACACCCCUGAAGAGCCAUCAACAUCCACCGUCGAGGUCACUGUGGCUCCCACACCAUCAGUGAUUACACAACGACCAUCAAUAAAUGAUGGAACGUUUAAACUCUAUGAAGUCAACGAUCACGGAGUCGUACACAGUUUCUCUAGUCUGAUUACCUUAUUAUGUCUAUGUAUGAUUCUCUGUCUAAUCCAUUAAUGUGUUAAACUCUCUUUAUUGCCAGCAUACAAAUGUUUAAAGUCAAACGCCCACCUCAACCCUCUCCUACAUGUGUAUUAAUUUAUAUGAAUGACAUCCAAAUUCUAACAUGCUUGGAAUUUUAACAAUGUCUUCCUUCGUUCUGUAUUUCGAGGUGCAAUAAAUGAUCUGCCUUCAGUAUAGCGCAAAUAUUAGUGAAGAAAUAGAUAUCACUAAAUACAUGUACUUAGCAUUCUCUUUGCAUGGGAGUCAGGCCAGACUACCAUAUCGGCGAGGGGGUAUUCAGUGUUAUACCCAUCAACAAAGUCGGUAAUAUUUCUGUUAAUGUUCAUUCUCUAUUUCAAUAUAACUUGACAAUCAGUAUUAUAACAUCUUGUAUUUAACCCUUCACUUGUCUAGUUUUAUGACGUACUUUACAAUGAAAUGGUUAACAGUAGUAUGUUGCCUUGUCUUUAGUCUCGUAUGAUUGAGUUCUAGUUUGCCAGCAUGUGUGGCGCUAUGGUAUGUUUUAUUUCUAAUUUACUUGUCAUAAUUUAUCAACUUAAUUAUAAAUCGGAAAACUGUGUCUAUAAUAUCGUAAAUGAAGACGAAUUCCCAUUAUAUUUAUAACUUUUUUCGGUCAACUACUCAGUCAAAAACAGCUUCCAAUCUUCUCGUUACGUUUUAUGACAAGCAAAUUAAAAACAUCUUUGAUUCAAGUGUCUCUUUCCCAGGAUAAUAACUUAUAUGUAGUAUAUAUUCUCACCGUGUACUACAAAUCAGAUUCUACAUCAAGGCAACAUAACUAAAUAUCAAUUAUUAUAGGUUUUAUAAUUUCAAUAUUUUUUCAGCUUUAGUUAAUUGACAAAAACUCUAAUGAGAUGAGAAAUCUGAUACGAUGGUAGUUUUUCCCGUUGUGUUUUUUUACAUCUAAUAAUAAACGUGCUAAGUCCCGAGAUGAUAUUUCACGUUAUAAUAAUUAAGUCAUUGUGAUGAUUAAAGCGCAUUAUAAUAUACAGCUACCUCACCUUUUUAAUUGAUUCGGAAUGUAUAUAUGUGAUAUAGGUAAACGUUCAGGUGGACCCCAAUGGUGCAGACCUACACACAGAACGUGCCGACGUGUUUCGGCGGGGUCACUCACCCGCUUAGAAUUGUCAUUAUUAAGUUCAUACUGUGGAAUUAACAGUCUUAGCUCAAUAUCAACCAUGUUUUGAUACAUCCAUUAAGCAUUAAUUUACUAGUGGUUUACUGACCAUAAUUCAAGGAAGACUAUUAUAACUAAUUUUUAUAAGGCUUUGUGUUCAUUAUGCCUAUAUAAUUUGUUUACAUUUUGUAACACAUACUGCUCUGGUUAGGUGCCAUCUUUUCUAUAUGUCAACUUGGAAACUGUUUAUCACAAAUAUAUGGUCACACAAGCUUGAUUGAGGCUGCCCAUGACGUUUGAACAUUUGUAGUAAAUAGUCCCAAAUGUACAAAAAGGAAAAAAUAAACUUAAUUGAAUAUUUUAAAAUUUACAUAAAAUAAAAAUGCUAAUAUA